UAAAGUUAGAACAUAUAAAAGUUUUAAAAUUGUUUUUCACUUAUUUUUAUUUCAAGUAUGGUUUUAGUUUCAGUUUUAUUUUUAGUUAAUUAUAAUAACCCUGCUUACAGCACCUUAAAAAACCUUCAAAUUAUUUUAUGAUGUAUUUAGUUUUAAAAGAUAAAUACAGGUAACAGUAUGUCAACAAGAUGAAAGAAAAGAUGAGAACUGGUUAGAACCAAACUUAGUGACAUACGUGACAAAGCUGCCCUGAUCAUUUGCACUCUUUGUGUUCUUUUUUUAUCUCUCUCUCUUUCCCUCUCUAAUGUUUAUGGCAGAUGUAGAGUAGCAUUUGACUUUUGAAAUACCAUUCUUGAAAUGAGGCGAUUCUAUCUGUCUCUCGGCAGAUGCUAUGUACCAAGAAACAUCGUGUCACCAUCUGGAUCUCCCUUCCAAAAACAGCGGCUGAUUUAACACUACGUCAGGUUUUUCCAUAAUGAAGUUUUGUUUUGCACAUCUGACCUCUGGUUCACUCCAUUAACUGACCGCAUAAGUCCAUGAGUCGACUGUAUUCAGUCAUGAUCUGGCCCAGAUCUCUGCAGAAAUCACAAGUUCUACAGCUUUGGCUCCUUGUGAUUUUAUUUUUGUUUUUUUUGUUUUUUAACUUUAUUUGCACAGUAAAAUACCAUUUUCUAUUGAAACAGUAUAUUACUAUAUAACGGUAUAUUACUUCCACAUUUGAGGAAACCAAUUAAGUUUUAAACCAUUUAAGUUUUAAAACCAAUAAGUAUGAGUACUGUAAACUCAUAUACAUUAGGUUAAAUUCACUAAUAUUUUAGUGUUUAGUCAAUCAUUAGAGCAAACUUAACUUAAAGAUUUUAAGUUUAUUUCACUCAUUCAGUUUGAAUUCAAGUAACAAAACUAAGUCUUAACAACUAUAUAGCUACUUAAAUGGUUUGAGAAAACCAAUUGCCUUAAAUGGUUUAAGUUCAUCAAACUCAAAGUAAUAAAGUUACAUAAGACAAAGCAAAAACUAACAUUGGUGCAAAGCAAUGAUGACAGAACAGGAGAUCUACACUAUAAAAAAGUAAUUUCUCGGAAAACAUUGUUUAAAAGAAAUUAGAAACCAUGGAAUAAGUUCAUAUUUCUUUUAAAUAUGUUGUGGUCAGCCAUAAACAUAAGCUACUAGAUUAAAUGAAUUUCUGUAGCUGAAAUUGUUAGAGUUAAAAAUGGCAUAUUAUUUCUAGUAACUUAUUCUGAUUGAGUUCUGCUUAAUAUAAUUCGUUUUUGAGUUCACAUAACAAAUAUUUGUUAAGUUGAAUCAACUUUUUUAAAAAUUUAAGUAAAAUGAACUUAUUUCAUUUAGCGAUUUUCACUGUUUACAGUGUUCACUUUGAACAGUAUAAAUAAAAUAAUAAAAUAAAGAAAUAUUUGGAGAUUUUGUCUGGAUUUGGGAAUGAUCAAUGUCAGUAUUAGUUACAUCAAAAUGUAAACUACUUAUGUUCCUGCAUGAUUUAUUUGUCAAAACCUGACAAUAAAGUGUGUUUGAAACAAGCAUGUAAUCUUGUUUGGAAUCUCAUCAGACAGGUUUGAACUCCCUGUAUCUGGCAGAAAGUGAGGGAGGGAAAGAGAGCUGAGGAGGGAGGGACAGAUCAGAGCAUCAAAAGCAAACCAUAUGUAAGACUUUCUAUCAUGUACCACUGAAUCGCCUGGAUACAGCACAAGGACGGAGCGACAGACCACUGGAUAAAGAAGAAAGAGUCUUAAAGAGGUCAUUUACUCAAGAGAUUUCAGUUAGAAAUAGAUUUGGAUUCCUAGAACUUACCGAGCUGCUCCAGAGGACUAAGAUACUUGGCAAAUAAGGGACAUACCAAUGAAGCAAACCUGAAACGUCACAAGCUCUUACACAACAUGUGUACACUUUAGCCAGUAGUGCCUCAUUCCAGUGAAAAACUGCUGAUUAGAGCCAUGCCAUUCUCACGCAGCUUCCUGUCUGAAGAGCAGCUGCUGUGUUCCAUCUGCUUAGAUGUGUUUGACAAUCCGGUGUCCGCACCAUGCGGCCACAGCUUCUGCAUGGCCUGCAUCAGGCAUUACUGGGACACAGCGAAGCACUGCCAGUGCCCCCUCUGCAAGCAGACCUUCAAGAGAAGGCCCGAUCUCCACAUUAAUCGGACUCUACGUGAGAUCACCGAACAGUUUAAGCAUAUGAUGGCAAACCCAGGGGACUCUGGGGGGGUCGGAGCAGGUGGAGAGGCUGAGGAAGGGGAAAGAACACAAGAAAAAGUGGAUGGGGCACACAAGCCAGGCCAUCUUCCAGGUCUUCUUCUUAACGAAAUGAAGCAAAGAUUAUCACGGCACAAGGUACACAGCAAUUCUCAGGCAUGUCAUGAGGAAAGAGGGUCUGAACAAACACCAAACUCAAAUACUAAUGGCACCCAGCCUCCUGUUAUUGACAGACAGUUGUCCCUGCGAAGGUAUACCCUGAGUGGGGCAGCAGAUGCCAUGAAAGUGCCCCUUUGUCCAAAACAUCACCGUAACCUGGAACUGUUCUGCUUGUCUGAUCUGGAAUGUAUUUGUAUUGAGUGUGGACAAACCGAACACCAAUCACACAACAUCACAUGUGCCGAGAAAGAGUGGAACAGUAAUAAGAGACAGAGAUACAGGAGAUGACCAGGGAGAGGAUGCAGAAAGUGGAGGAGAUCAAACAAUCACUAGUUGACAUUAAAAAGCUGGCCGAGAAUGAGGUGCAGCGCAGCAUGCAGCUGUUUGGAGUGUUGAUGAGCUCCCUUGAACGCAGCCAGGCCGGCCUGCUGGAAGUGACCGAGAUCAACCGUCGCUCAGCAGAGCACCAGGCUGAGGUCAUGAUCAGAGAGCUGGAGCAGGAGAUCACAGAGCUCAAGACGAGAAGCACAGCGCUGGCUAAAC